AUGACACAACAAGCCGACGUCGCCGCCGCGACCCCUCCCGCCACUACGGCCCAGUCCCCAUCCCCAUCUCCUCGCGACCGCAUCAUAGCGCACAUGAACAGCGACCACCAGCGGGAGCUCUCCCUCUACCUGCGCCACUACGCCGGUCUCGGCCACUCCGCCGCCGCCACGCCGUGGCUCAAGGACGUGACUCUCGAGGGCAUGACCAUCGCCGCCGGCGGGCUCGGCGGCAAGGAAUACCACGUCGCCUUCGACCCGGCCCUUGGCUCCUGGGCCGACGUGCGCCCCGCCGUCGUCGAGAUGGCGCGCGUCUCGCGCCGGGCGCUGGGGCUCAGUGACGUUGCCGUCACCCACUUUGCGCCGCCGCAAGGCUUUGACGUCGUUGUCUUCGGCUCCGUUGCCUUUUACUUUGUCUGCUGGCUCACGCUGGGGUUCGUGCUGCCCGGCACCCCCAUCUGGUCCUUCCUCCAGGCCGUGUUCCCUGGUGGGCCCAGGUUCUACCGAUGGCUGGUCAAGGCCAUUUUCCUGCCCGUGCUGGCCAUCCAUCUGACCGAGUGCUACUGGUUCCACCGGACGAGGCUCCAGAGGCACGGCAUCGAGGCCGGCACGAGUCUCUGGUGGACGUGGAUCGGGAGCUUGUUCUUCGAGGGGGUGUGCGGCUUUAUGAGGUUCGACGCCAUUGUCGCCGCCAAGAAGAAGGAGAACGAGGGGAAGAGCCACUAG